AUGAACACAGACCAGCUAGAAUCUAUUAAAUUGAAGCUAUCGCAGUCUUUAGAGAGUCUUCAGGGCUUUCAAUUCACUCUAGCCACCACUGAAAUGCCAAAUUGGACUGAAAUAUUAAACAAGUAUAACAAUAUACUCAGCCAUGUUCACAUACUCAACUCAUUCCUCAUCGCAAGUCAAACCAAUGAAAUGAAUCCUAACAACUCACUUUUGAAAUCUGUUAUUUACCCCCAACAACCUAUUGAACAAUCAAGUGAACACAUUCUGCACGUUCUUCUACGUACCAAGCCGUACCCCCACAUUGAAGAAAAGGAGAAUGAUCUCAUUUCAACGCUACAGCUUAACAAUGAGCAAGUUGAAUCAACUAUAAAUGCCCACGAUCAGCGCAGUAAGAGGGCUAAUCAGCUUACUCAACGUAUCAAGAAUCAGUAUGACUGGAAAGCUAGAUUGGAAGUCAGUGAUAUCACCACCGCUAAUAUUUCACCCGAAGAGACUUCAAGGCUAGCUGCAUUCAUGUCAACUGGAACUAUGUAA